CCACCUUCAGGUUCUUUCCCGCAUAUGACUCGGAUCACGAUUUUAUUUAACCUUUUCGAUCGGAGAAAAUCUCCUUUCCGUUACGAUCGUUCAAUUUCUAUGUACACUGAAUAACCGCCGAUCCGGCUCAAAUCUCUUACCUAGAUCACUAAAGAAUUUCCAGAAACGAUCGUUAUCCCUCACGUUGACCAAUGAACAAUCAAUGCACUCUUGAUACACACGCACGGUUUCUCGCUGAAGAAUUAUCUAUAUUUUAUUAUUGUUAGUUUCUGUUAUUGAUGACGUAGAUGCUGCGUUAACGCGAGUCGACGUUUUAUUUUUAUUUUACCCUUGGACAGAUGAUUCAAAUCCUCGACGAUCGGACGAAUUUUAAACGGAUCCACAUAUUAUUUAUAGUCACGUGACUCCUGCUUCCUAGCAACUUCAAACAAUGCGUAACUGAUCAAAUAAUCUCGGAAAUAUCUCGGUUUUCAGACGUGUAAUUGCACGUUUCACAUCUGAUCCGAAACCAGAUAUGAUAUUUAGUACGAAUGUAUUAUGGAAACGUGUGUGCCUCUUUCCUUUGGAUGAACUCUUGAAUACAUGGUAUCGGGUUCCACCUGAUCCUUAAAGCAUUUACGCGGAACAAUGUGAAGGAACGUGUGACGGUAAUUUAAUAAAAUUAGAAGCACAGACACAAAAUUAAACAUGUGAUUGUCGUACACUGCCAAUGAACUCUUAAUUAUGUACAGUUUAGUCAUUUCUGAAUAAGUGGGUAAAGCUAGGUGAAGUGCAAAAUGUAGAAAACAAUUAUACAUUCAUCUCUUAUCAGUUUGAGUUAUUGUCUUAAGCUUGGGUUUAUGUUACCAAACAUUAACAUCGACUAUGAUGCAUAUGUGGUUUUGGUUUGGAGACAAUUUAGGUAGCUUUCUUCUACCAGGGUAUAAUGUUAUUACAACUCCUGGUUUUGUUUGCACCUGUGUAGGCUUAUCUGCACUUGCAAUAUUAUACGAAGGUAUGAAGAUCUUACAGAUCAAAAUGCAACAAAAUAACGUAUCCUAUAUAAGGAAACAAAAGACUAAUUCAUCGGAGAAUUCUUCGCUGUUAUCAAAAAUAUCUUCAAGACCUAUUGGAAAACAGUUCCCGUUACAAUGCAUGUGUUGGUCUAUGUGGUGCCUUCAAGUUUUUUAUUGGUCUAUACAUACAUUUCUUGGCUACAUUUUAAUGUUGGCUAUUAUGUCUUAUAACGUAUAUAUUAAUAUUGCUAUUAUAUUAGGAGGAUGUCUUGGGUAUUGGAUAUUUGGUCCUAAGCUUAUAGAACUGAAUCUAGAAAGAUUUCAAAAGAGACAAAAGUUUUUAAACUGUGAUGAAGAAUGUGCAGAUAACAUAGUAAAUCAAAGAAUAGGAUCAACAGUUUCUAUUAUCGCUGAGCAAUUAGUGACUGAAGCUACUGUUGAAGUUCAUGUACCAAGGGAAGUAUAAGCCAAAACUACAGGAUAAAAUAUUAAUGCAAUGAACAAUGGUUUUUUAUCUGUUAUUAUGUUGAAUAUUUUAUUUUAUGUAAUCAUGUUACAUAGAGAGAAAAGAUAUUAUUAUACAAAACGUUAUAAAAAUACUGAUAAUAAAGUUAUAUAAAGAUAAACCGUUA